AAGGUAAAUUAUGACUUUUGAUUGUUUCAAAAGGAAGUGGGUGGAAGCUUUUACUCCGUGGAAGAGGGAGCCAAAGGAGGCUCAGUACAGUUCUGACUUUGUAAGUGAACCAAUAAAGUUGAGUCGAACAGAACAGGAAUUUUAUUUGAAUCCUCAAAAUAUUCAUUUAGAUGUUUACACGAAGAGGGCUGCUUUAAAAGUUUCCACAUCUGUUGUCAGUCUUAAAUCAUACUCGGGGGAAAAGGAGAUAUUUAAAUGUUCUGGGACUAUCAUAGAAAGUGUGGAAAGUUAUAGCGUAAUAUUAACCUCUGCAAGUCUCUUUAGGUGUUCCACGAGUGGAAAUUCUAUAGUGGAUAAUAUCAAGGUUAUCGUGCACCUAUUUGAUGGAAGAUCAUUUGAGGGUCAAAUCGAGUCAAAUGACCUCCACUACAAUGUUGUUGCCGUAAAGAUUCAAUCAGACACACCACUUCCAAUUGCAUCCUUGGCUCAUUUAAGCUAUUCUAUCACGAUUGAUUCGAGCCAGCUCCGGAAUAAGUCAUUUCAACUUUGUCCACAUUCAAAUUCAUUUAAUCUUAUUCCUGGAGAUAUAGUUAUUGCACUUGGACGUUUUUAUGCGAAGCCAUAUGAUAUCACGGCUGCUCCUAGUGAAUUCUGUUUGGUCAUUGAUCGCUGCGAAGAUGACUUUGAGUGUAAAGAGCUUCUCAAGGCGACUUGCAAUAUUAUGAGAUGCGGUAUGGGCGGGCCGCUUAUUAACUGCUAUGGAGAAGUCAUUGGUAUCUGCUUUUAUGAUCCAGGCUCUAUUGCAUUUUUGCCAAUCAAUAUAGCUUCCAUAUGGUGGGAGCAUUAUAAGAAAUAUAGACAAUCACAUCGACCUUGGCUUGGGAUGGAAGUAACUAACCUUUAUGCAGCUCGCCUACGAAUUCUGGAAAUAUUAAUUAUUUCAAAGUUCCCUGAUGUCUUGAAAGGUGUCAUUGUUGAAGAGGUCCUACCUGGUUCUUCUGCUGGGAUAAAACAUAAUGAUGUUAUAAUUCAGUUUGGUGGAAAAAGAAUUCAGAGUUUCUUAGAGCUAUUCGAAAACAUGUGGAAUAAUGUUGGAGAAUCUGUGGAGUUGGUUGUGAUAAGAGCAAGUGAUGAUGUUCCUGUACAUCUUAGGAUGGUGGUGGAGGAGGUCACAUCAGAUAAAUCAUACAGCUGGCCACUUUGGGAGGAACGAUGACAUUCAAGAAUAGU